UCUCACUUUCUCUCUCUAAAAAAAAAGAAACUCUCUCUCUCUAUCUUUCUCUCUAUAAUAUUAGGUACUUUUUUAUUUUUUAUUUUUCCCUCUAUGUCUGCCUAUACAUUCCCGAGAAAAUAAGGAAAAACCAUUUUCCCGAGAAAAAGAAAAUGUCAGACGCUUUGAUCAAUGGACUCGCCGGUGCUGGAGGAGGGAUCAUCGCUCAGCUUAUUACUUAUCCUCUUCAAACUGUGAAUACUCGUCAACAGACGGAGCGUGAUCUUAAGAAGGAGAAGAGGAAGCUUGGAACUAUUCAACAAAUGUGUCAGGUUGUGAAACAAGAAGGAUGGGGAAGAUUAUACGGAGGUUUGACGCCAUCGUUAGCAGGCACAGCUGCUUCUCAAGGUGUUUACUAUUAUUUCUAUCAAAUAUUCAGGAACAAGGCUGAAGUUGCUGCACUUGAACGAAGGAAGUUAGGAAUAGGUGAUGGAUCAGUUGGAAUGUUCACCUCACUUCUGGUGGCUGCUUUGUCAGGGUGUGUGAAUGUGCUGUUGACAAACCCUAUAUGGGUAGUUGUUACCCGCAUGCAGACUCAUACAAAAAUCUCAACGAAGCCCACGCCUGGUGAGACACCAUUGAUUACUGCAGAUGAAGCCGUUCUUGCUGCAGCAGCUGAGCCUCCUCCCUAUGGGACUGCUCAUGUGGUCCAGGAAGUUUUUGAUGAAGCUGGAAUUUGGGGUUUCUGGAAAGGUGUAUUACCGACAUUGAUUAUGGUUAGUAAUCCUUCCAUACAAUUCAUGCUUUAUGAAACCAUGUUGAAGAAGCUGAAGCAAAGCCGUGCCUCGAAUAAGAAUGGUAACAGUGUGGUUACUGCUUUAGAGAUAUUUCUUCUCGGUGCUCUGGCAAAACUAGGGGCUACUGUUGUGACAUAUCCUCUUUUAGUUGUGAAGUCGAGGCUUCAAGCAAAACAACUUACAACUGGUGACAAGAGGCAUCAUUACAAAGGCACAUUGGAUGCUAUUUUGAAGAUGAUUCACCAUGAAGGAUUUUAUGGGUUUUACAAAGGGAUGAGAACCAAAAUUGUACAGAGUGUUCUUGCUGCUGCUGUACUGUUCAUGGUCAAGGAAGAACUUGUUCAAGGUGCUCGGUUUUUGCUUACCAAGAAUGCCAUUAACACAGUGAAAUCAAAGCCAUCAUGAUUACAACUCUUAGUUCAUUUCAUUCAUAUAUGAUACGAUCUUACUAGAAAUUCUAUUGUCAAUUGCUGGCUUAUUAUGUGAUUCAGCAUUUGCAAUUGGCAAACUCGGACCCCAAAAUAAAAUAGGAUGUAAGGGGAUAAAUUGAAAGCAAAAUGAUUGUUGUACUUGUACCUCUUCUGUUAGUGGAUUUUUGUGAAAACGUAUUUUUUUA